AGUUAGUGCGUGCUUGCCUUAAAAAAAAAAAAAAAAAAAAAGACGAAGAAGAAGAGGGAGGAAGUGUAUUGUUUGGAUUUAGCUAGCUAGUUCAUUUGCGGGGAUCAGAUUGUCUGGCUGUUUUGGCCUUGUAAAUAUCAGCAGGAUUCACCAAAUUCACGAUGAACCUGGAACGACUGCCCAACGAGGAGAAACUGAGCCUAUGCCGAAAAUAUUAUUUAGGUGGCUUUGCGUUCCUACCGUUCCUGUGGCUGGUCAACGUUGUUUGGUUUUUCAAGGAGGCAUUCGUAAAGCCAGUGUACAGCGAACAGCUCCAAAUAAAAACGUAUGUAAAGCGGUCGGCACUGGGGCUGCUGCUGUGGGUAACGGUACUCACUACCUGGAUAACCAUAUACCAGCACUUCAGAGCACAGUGGGGGGAGGUGGGAGAUUACCUCUCAUUUACCAUUCCACUGGGCAUUCCUUGAUAUGUCUUUGUCAAUGACAUAGAACUAAUAAUCCACUAUAACGGACCAAAGAAUGUUCCUUCUUUAACUACAGUGAACAAUUCUGGUGAUUUGCCUGGUCUCUGGAGCUAAAUUCAAUGACUGAAUCACAUUAACAGUAAUCCCUUGUGUCUUCAAAAGAGAAAUGCUGUAGGAUUUAAAAACUGUUUUAAUCUUGCCAAGGCAUUUAAGAAAGUUCAGAGUUUUUUUUUUUUUAGAGUAGGCUAUUUUUGUAUAG